CGCCCGCUUUUUGUCCUCAGUACACUUUAUAUUGUUUCUUUUAGAAGGCUAACAGGCCUUUUCAUUGCUGCCUAGUUUUAGUAAGAUAUGCAAGAUACGGACUCGGGGGGCGGGGGGUAUCGAUUAAUUAAACUCUAUUGGAAACAGGUUGGGACGAUCUCGCUCCUCGUGGUAAGAAAGAAAUUUCACUGAAUGAAUUUCUGUUUGCGCAAGGCUUUGCAGCCGUGCAUGAGUAAGUAAAACUGAAACCCGAAGAGUCCCGCCUCUCAUAUCCAAAAUGGACUAUGUGAAGGAAAAACCAGCCAACCAGGGACGAGUCUGGAACCCCCACCCUUCACCCACCCGGACACCAUAACAAAGAGCAUUACUCUGCAUCUCGACGCCGAUCAUCUGUCCGGUGUCAGGUGGAUGGAUCAGCUUCCGGGCGCGACACGACAGUCAGUCAGCUGGAGGAGUAAAGCAGCUCAGAGAGUGACAGUUUCCAGAUCAGUGAGUGAAACGUCUUUGGUGGGAACAACAUCGGGAACAUCCGCCCUGUUAUAUUUUUAAAAAAUGACAUUUUCCAGCAGUUCUUCCAGGAACUGAAAGAGUAGCACGUUAAUAGGUUGGGUUUGUCCAAUGUGUGGAGCAGAACAGGCUUCGUGAAGUUUCUGUUGUGGUGAUAUCCCACAAUACGAAGCUCAGCAGAAUGCAAAAAAACUGGGUUAAGAAGUUAAAAAUCUCACAAGCAGCAGCGUCGGGUAGAGUGGACUGCGACUACAUGGCCACAUUUUAGUUAUGAGGUUAGAAGAAUAUAUGCCAUUUGCAGAUGCCUUGCGGGACGCUUCAGUAAAAGUAGCUCGUUGGUUGUGAGGUGAACUCGCGGUGCGGGGAAAGCAGAGACAGGACACACAUGUAGGUUUGGUUGCGCUCCUGGUCCCGUUUACGCCGGUUUGCUGCUUCCGCCAACCCAACUGAACAUGGCAAGACUACGGAGGAAAGCUUGCAUAGCUCUUUUUCUCUUCACGCUGUUCAUCUUUGGGACCAUGAUGGGACUGAGGACGCUGAAGCCCAGUGACGGCUUCUCGGAUCUGGCUCCUGGCUUGGAGCUCCUGCCGAUGGUAGGGGCGAAAAUAGACAGGCGCUCCAUGUCCCGUGAGGCCAGCGCGUCUCCGGGUCAAGCCCGCCCGGCUGGCAGCAACACCAAAGCAGUUCAAUCCAACUCCGGUCCGAUGGGGACCAUAUUUUAUGAUGUUCAUAUUUUUUACUACACCUGGUACGGCAACCCACAUAUGGACGGCAAAUACAUCCAUUGGGACCACAUCCUGGUUCCACACUGGGACCCCAAAAUCGCAUCCAGCUACCCGAGAGGGAGACACAUGCCGCCCGAAGACAUCGGCUCCAGUUUCUACCCCGAACUCAAUCCGUACAGCUCGAGGGACCCGGACGUGUUGGAGUCCCACAUGGAGCAGAUUGGAGCAUCUGCAGCAGGGGUUCUGGUCCUGUCCUGGUAUCCUCCGGGGCUCGCAGACGACAAUGGGGAACCCACUGAGGAUUUGGUACCAGCUAUCCUGGACGCUGCAUAUAGACACAACCUCAAGGUUGCAUUUCACAUCCAACCGUACAGAGGACGAAACGACCAGAGUGUGCACGACAACAUCAAGUAUAUCAUCGACAGGUACGGCGACCAUGGAGCCUUCUACAAGUUUACUUCCAGCACAGGGAGGAGUCUUCCUCUCUUUUACAUCUACGACUCCUACCUAACUCCACCAGAGUCCUGGUCUGAAUUCUUGACCCCCACUGGCUCCCACAGCGUACGUGGCUCAGCCUACGACUCCCUCUUCAUUGCCCUGAUUGUGGAGGAGCGACACAAGCAUGACAUCCUCGCAGGUGGCUUUGAUGGCAUGUACACUUACUUUGCUUCCAACGGUUUCUCCUUCGGUGCCUCACACCAGAACUGGAAGGCCAUCAAAGCUUUUUGUGAUGGCAACAAUCUCGUCUUUAUCCCCAGCGUUGGACCUGGUUACAUCGACACCAGCAUCCGGCCAUGGAAUAACCACAACACGCGCAACAGGGUGAACGGUCGUUACUAUGAGACGGCCCUGCAGGCGGCGCUGAAUGUGAGGCCUGAGAUCGUCACCAUCACAUCUUUUAACGAAUGGCACGAGGGGACGCAGAUUGAGAGGGCGAUGCCCAAAAAAACAGUGACACGGGUGUACUUGGACUACCAGCCACAUGGACCGGAACACUACCUGGAGCUGACCCGUCACUGGGCUGAGCAGUUCAACAAAGAGAAGGAGCAAUGGCUGAUGUGAGCUUUCGUCCAACUGACUUGAAACAGCAUGCUCUAGUGGAAGUGUGUGAACACAUGAAAGAGAAAGAACCAAAGCUUGUGAAUGUAGUGGCUGAUCAGCAUUGAUGUGAGUAUAUCAGGACAUGCCUUUAACUUUAACUGAUGGGACCUGAGUGUGUAUAUAUGUGCUGAUUUGAUCUGAGAGAAUAGGACCCGUGCUGGUGGUGUGACUAUCUUGGAUAAUUUGAGAACUUGUUCCAUUUUUCCAUUGACAGCCCUGAUUUCUAGAAUGCACUGCAGGUCUCUCUCUGAUCUCUAUUCAUUUAAUGCAUCUUAACGAGCAAUUGACCCAACAAACUCCUGCCUGAGAUAUUCAUACAUAUUGUGUGUGAACACAUAAGGGCCUCAUUUUCCUCUCUGCACUUAAAUACCAGAAUCAGCUGCAACAGAGAGGCACCUUUAUGGUUUAGGUUUCAUCCACAACAGGCUCUCAAACAGAAUGAGACACUAAUGUUGAUCUUCUGUUUACCCCAGUUUGGAGAGCUCAUUAAAACCGAUGACAUUGUGUUUUAAGUAGGAGUUGAGCAUGUAAGUGAAGAGUUAUUGCGGCUAUCAUACAAAAAUCCCUCUUCGACGGGAUUAUUAUAAAAUUUAAAGGGAACAGUGGAGCAUUUUGGUGAGUACUUUAAUUCAUUUUCUGGCAGAAAGUUAGAUGAGAAGAUCCGUACCCGUCUCAUAGUUGCCCAUUAAAUAUGAAGCUACAAACAGAAGCCAUUUAGCUUAGCUUAGCAUAGAGAAUGGAAACAAGGGGAAACGGCUAGCCUUGUUCUGUCCAGUGGUAACAAAGUCCACUGACCGUUACCUCUAAAGAUAAUUUAUUGAACAUAUUAUAUCUCAUUUGCUGAAAUCUGCCAGGAGUUCUGCUCUAGACCCUGUCUUGGCCAGGUGCAGUGAUUUUCUGCGGUAUCUCUUCACGUCAGUUUUAUCAUCUAACUCUCUGCGGUGGAAAAACCUAAUUUUUUAAUAUGUUGAACUAUUGGUUCAAAGGCAUAUUAUGUAACAUUUCUGCAUUAAAAUGUCUAAAACCUACAA